AUGUUGGCGACGAGCGCUGGAACCUCAAGAGCGGCUGCAUGUCCGUGGGCCUUCUUGUGUCCAUUGGAGGAGGGUUUGCCUCAUCCUCAACCUAUUCCAAAGGCCAAAACAUUCGCCUCUGUGCUCUCUAACUCAGUGGAGUCUUCCGUCUCUCUUAGCGAAUUGCCUGCUCCAGUCAUACGCGGAGACAAAACUUACGUAAAAAUCAAUGAAGCUCUAUACCAGUAUCAGUUGAAAAUUUUCAAAACCAAUCUUAUUGGUAGGCUGCUACUGCGAAAGGGUUCUGUCCCAAUGAAAACAUCCAUCCUCAAGAGCUUGCUUGCCGAUCUAUGGAAGCCAUCAACGCCUUGGCGCUUGGUUCCGCUUGGGAUGGGAUACUUUGACAUUCACUUUGGCACUGAGGAAGACCUACGACGAGUUUGGGGUGGUGGUACAUGCACUCUACUCGACGGCCUCUUCCGACUGGCUCAAUGGAAGCCUGACUUUGUGCCUGGGGAUGUCCUUCCACAAACACAUGCCCAAUUGGACAAGGCUACCAAGGAGCGUGAAUUUGGGUAUUACGCUCGGGUGCUAGUGGACGUUGAUCUUGCCGGCGAGUUGCCUUCUUCGCUCAUGGUAGAGCGUGAGACACAUUGUUUUCCUAUUGAGAUUAUUUAUGAAAACAUGUGCACUCAUUGUGGUAUGGUUGGACAUAUGGCCGAUCGCUGUAGACAAUUGCAGGGUGAUUCAAAGCCUCGUAAUAUUGAGAAACCUACUAGAGUUCCACAGCUGGUGGUCGGCCAGGUAUACAGAGUGAAGGAGAAGACUGCUUCAAAAAAAAGUCAGACUACAGAGGUUCAGCCCUUAGUUGAGACAACUGACACUAAUGUUGUGAUUCCAGCAUGCGCAGAAGUCAUGCAUGUUCAUGCUGGCCAAGAUUCCUUACAAGUUGGCACGAGAAAUAUAGAACCUAUUGAUAAUGGGAGAGCUAGUAGUCCAGGGAGCACAGUUAGGUCUGGACCUCCUAUUACCAAUGACAAUCAGUUUGCCAUUUUGGCUCAUGAUGUCAUUGUAGGGGCUGCCAAUGACUUAAUUGAGCAAUUAGCAGACCAAGUGUUCCUUGAACCAAAUGAUCAAUCCAUUGCCGCAGAGCAUUCAAGGGAGAUCGCUGUUCAGGCUUCAGUUGAUGAGGGGGACUCAUUCCCUACCUCCCCCAUUGUGACGGAGGGAAAUGCAGUUGUUGUUCAAGGGCCAGAGGACGAUGUCUGGCAGAGUGUUCACUUCUAUGGCAAUCCAAUGUUUGUCCUGGCUUCCAAGCUUCAGACUCUUAAGCAGAGGAUUCGGGCUUGGAGUAAAACUGAGUUUGGGGAUGUCAACAUAAUGGUGGAAAAUUCCUUUGUAGACUUGGAUAUAAUUUAG